UAUCAAUUUAGUUCACUUUAGACUAUCAAAUAGUAAGCACUGCGCUAGCGGAGUAGUAUUUUUCUUUUCUAAGAUAAAUUCAUUGGAAUUGAAUUUAUAUUCUAGAUAAAAAUUCGACACUCAUGCCGCGAAUUAACAAAUACGGUCAACCAAUUGGUGAUGAGGUUUCGAAUUGGACGACACGUUCGGAACCAGAAAAUGUCACCUUGGUUGGUCGCACCUGUCAAGUAGAGCCGCUUGAUGAUGUGAAACAUACCGAGGAUCUUUUUGAUGCAUACCUCCAGGCUCCGGAUGGUAGCGAUUGGACGUAUCUUUUUGAAGAACGAUUUGAUGAAUUGGAGCCAUUUCGUAAAUAUAUCAAAACCAUUGCACGCGAAAAAGAUCCAAAAUUUUAUGCAGUCAUUGAUUUGACCACGCAUAAGGCAGUUGGAAUGUAUUCUCUAAUGCGCAUUGAUCCAAAAAACGGUGUAAUUGAAGUGGGCUUCAUAACGUUUUCACCGUUACUAAAGCAAACAGUGCAAUCAACUGAAGCACAAUAUCUUCUGAUGGCUUAUUGCUUUGAUGAGCUUGGCUAUCGUCGCUAUGAGUGGAAGUGUGACAGUUUUCAUGCUAAAUCACGGAAGGCUGCUAUACGAUUGGGCUUCAAAUAUGAAGGCGUUUUUCGCAAUGCAAUUGUUACGAAGGGCCGUAAUCGUGACACAGCAUGGUUUUCAAUCAUUGAUGGUGAAUGGCCUAAUAUAAAAUCGGCAUUUGAAGCAUGGCUUUCACCAAAUAAUUUCGACAAUCAAGGAAAACAAUUAAAAAAUCUUGCGGAACUAAGGGAAUCUUGUGGAACAGGUGAAUCAUAAUUCCUACCGAAAAUUGUACCAAAUUUGAAUGAAAAUGAGCAUUUGUUGAAGACUUUUGAGUGACAUUUUUCUGUCUACCUAAUGUUCUUUAUUUGUUUUUAUUUACAAACUUGUUGUCUGUUUUGUAGUAAAUUCAAAUAAAAGAUUUGAAAUAAAUGUCAUUAUUCCAAGAAGAUAAAGAGACAAUGUUAUUCUAUUAAUAAGCUGUUUUCAAGAAUUAAAUUUCAUUCAAAUAGCUUCCGCGUUCGAGUAUGAUUAAAUACAAAAAAAAAGUGUAACCACAACAGACCUCUACACACUUAUCAAACAAUUUUAAAUAUAGAACGAAAGAUCAUUUGGCAUUUGUUUCUCAUCAUAUAAAAUUGUCAAACAAUAUUUAAUAGCUGUCAAUAGUAUGGAUAUUUCUUCGGUUUUUGCAGUUAUGAUUGAACUUUACAUUCAGAUAGAUCUAGUUCGUGUUCCGUAUUAUAUAAUUUAUACCCGAGUACUAACAUUAUUAUAUAAAUUAUAUACUUAUGAAUGAGUCAUCCGAAUAGUAAUGUCGAGUGUCACACCCUGUAAUUGAAAAAAAGAAGAAAAAAAUCAUGAAA